UUUCCUGAAACCGGAUCUCGGUGUCAGAGCCGCCCCUGGGCCGGGGCGGGCGCCUCAGCCAUGGCCCUGCGCAAGGAGCUGCUCAAGUCCAUCUGGUACGCCUUCACCGCCCUGGACGUGGAGAAGAGCGGCAAGGUCUCCAAGUCCCAGCUCAAGGUGCUGUCCCACAACCUGUACACGGUCCUGCACAUCCCCCAUGACCCCGUGGCCCUGGAGGAGCACUUCCGGGAUGAUGACGAUGGCCCCGUGUCCAGCCAAGGCUACAUGCCCUACCUCAACAAGUACAUCUUAGACAAGGUGGAGGAGGGGGCUUUCGUUAAAGAGCACUUUGAUGAGCUGUGCUGGACGCUGACCGCCAAGAAGAACUAUCGAGCAGACAGCAAUGGAAACAGUCUGCUCUCCAAUCAGGAUGCCUUCCGUCUCUGGUGCCUCUUCAACUUCCUGUCUGAGGACAAGUACCCCCUGAUCAUGGUUCCUGAUGAGGUUGAGUACCUGCUGAAGAAGCUCCUGGGCAGCAUGAGUCUGGAGAUGGGCUUGGGCGAGCUGGAGGAGCUGCUGGCGCAGGAGGCUCAAGGUGCCCAGACCUCUGGGGGGCUCAGCGUCUGGCAGUUCCUAGAGCUCUUCAACUCCGGACGCUGCCUGCGGGGUGUGGGUCGGGACUCCCUCAGCAUGGCCAUCCAAGAGGUCUACCAGGAGCUCAUCCAGGAUGUCCUGAAACAGGGCUAUCUGUGGAAGCGAGGGCACCUGAGGAGGAACUGGGCAGAGCGCUGGUUCCAGCUGCAGCCCAGCUGCCUCUGCUACUUUGGGAGUGAAGAAUGCAAGGAGAAAAGAGGCACCAUCCCACUGGAUGCUCACUGCUGUGUGGAGGUGCUUCCGGACCGCGAAGGAAAGCGCUGCAUGUUUUGUGUGAAAACGGCCAGCCGCACCUACGAGAUGAGCGCCUCCGACACACGCCAGCGCCAGGAGUGGACGGCCGCCAUCCAGACCGCCAUCCGGCUGCAGGCGGAGGGGAAGACGUCGCUGCACAAGGACCUGAAGCAGAAGCGGCGGGAGCAGCGGGAGCAGCGCGAGCGGCGCCGGGCAGCCAAGGAGGAGGAGCUGCUGCGGCUGCAGCAGCUGCAGGAGGAGAAGGAGAGGAAGCUGCAGGAGCUGGAGCUGCUGCAGGAGGCGCAACGGCAGGCAGAGCGGCUGCUGCAGGAGGAGGAGGAGCGCCGCCGCAGCCAGCACCGGGAGCUGCAGCAGGCUCUGGAGGGCCAGCUGCGGGAGGCGGAGCAGGCCCGGGCCUCUAUGCAGGCUGAGAUGGAGCUAAAGAAGGAAGAGGCAGCCCGGCAACGGCAGCGCAUCGCGGAGCUGGAGGAGAUGCAGGAGCGGCUGCAGGAAGCCCUGCAACUGGAGGUGAAAGCUAGGCGGGAUGAGGAGGCCGUGCGCCUCGCCCAGACCAGGUUGCUAGAGGAGGAGGAGGAGAAGCUGAAACAGCUGAUGCAUCUGAAGGAGGAGCAAGAGCGCUACAUCGAGCGAGCGCAGCAGGAGAAGCAGGAGCUGCAGCAGGAGAUGGCGCUGCAGAGCCGUUCUCUGCAGCAAGCCCAGCAGCAGCUGGAGGAGGUGCGGCAGAACCGGCAGAGGGCGGACGAGGACGUGGAGGCUGCCCAGAGGAAGUUGCGCCAGGCCAGCACCAACGUGAAACACUGGAAUGUCCAGAUGAACAGGCUCAUGCAUCCGAUUGAGCCGGGAGAUAAACGUCCGACCACCAGCAGCUCCUUCACCGGCUUCCAGCCCCCUCCACUUGCCCGUCGGGACUCCUCUCUGAAGCGCCUGACCCGCUGGGGUUCCCAAGGCAGCAGAACCCUUUCAGGCCUCAGCAGCGAACAGAAGUCCCUCAAUGGUGGGGAUGAGACUCCCAUCCUGGCUUCUGCCUCUCAGGAAGAUAAACUGGAUCCGGCACCAGAAAAUUAGCUUCUGAUGACUCCUGUUCUUCUGAUGCUGUGUCUGCUAGGACCCGGCUACAGCAGGCCUGAGGGUGACUCCAGCCUCUGGGAGAGGUCCUGGGGAUACGGGCCAGGCCUGCCGACCAGAAGCUAGUCCAAGAUAAGGUGUGGUUGUCAUUCUUACUGGGCCCAGGCCAUAGAGGCUGUCUGGGGUAUUAAUACUCGAGACUAUGGUUCUGUGCCUCAGCCUCAAGGACCCUGUGAUCAGGGCUGGGAAAGAAACUGAACAAUUAAGACAAAGGUCAUCUGCCCCCUCCCCUGCCCAGACUACCAGCAAGUCAUGGAGGCAUACUUCCAAAUAAAACUGUUCCCGUCUGCCCACUGCUCCUGCCCCUCUCUGUCCCUCUCUCAAGUUCAAGUUCAAGGUCCCAGAGGCAGCAGGUGUGGUGAGGUGGUUAGGAGUAUGGACUGUGGGUUGAACCUGACUCUGCCACUUUCUAGUGGGUGAACUUCACUCCCCAUGCUGGUCAAUGGAGAGGAUCACAGUCCCCAUGGAGAGGGCCUGUGAGGAGCACAAGCUCGCACUCACAUUUAAUGAUAAUAACUACUCAUCAUUAGUGUUAUCUGAAGUGGUUAUUGAGCAUCUGUUGAGUGCCUGGAGGCCACCUACAUCUCUUCAUUCCCAGAGCAGCCCUAAGAGCCACUGGGUUACUAUAUCACAAUACCAGAUUGGGCAAUUUGUCCGAAGCCUUCCAAACUUGCUUUUUGUCCCAUGUUCUCUGAACACGGACCUCGCUCUCUCAGACAAGAGAUCUGAGAGUCUGGACUCCACAAAGUUUGCGUCCAUUUUCAUGCCCCUCACCCGAAGCCUAGGAGGUUCACUAGGCUCGCUCUCCUUUUUGGUCUUGUACCUCUUUCUAGUGUGCUUUAAAUCUAGAUUGUUACCCCCCUUGCUCAUGUGUUGAAUGCUUGUCCCCAGCUAGGGGCACUGUUUCUGGGAGACUGUGGAGCUUGUAGCAGGUGGGACCCACCUGGGAAGUGGGGUCACCGUGAGGCCAGCCCUGGUUCUUCUCUGCUCUCUGUUGCCUGAAUGUAAACUGAACUGCUUCGCCAUGCCGCCCUGCUGAGAUGGAGCGAGCCCUCCCAAACCUAAGCAGAAAGAAAUCUUUCCUCCCUGGGGAUGCUUGUGGCAGGCACUGUCACGUGACACAGAACAGUUAAUGUGCCCUCCUUUCCCAUCCUCAUAGCUGCUCAGUGUGAACCGUUGACGGUUUGGCCCUAUGUUAAAUAAACUGCCAAACCUGA